AGUGUUUAUCCGGGAAUGCGCAGAAAAGCUGCGCACAGCAUCUCUGUGCCCGCCCUCUCUGGUCACGUGGUUGUCACGCUGAUUUCUUCAGCGCGUCCGUUGUUUCUGCCGUUUCAGCUUCGUCUCCGUUUGUUCCCGGACUCCGCCGGACUGAAGCGCGACAUGUCAACCAGGGUUGCCGUGGUAACCGGGGGAAACAAAGGCAUCGGCCUGGCCAUCGUCAGAGCGCUCUGCAGAGAGUUCCAGGGAGACGUUUACCUCACCGCCAGAGAUGUUGGGCGGGGCCAGGCCGCAGUGGCGUCCCUGUCCUCAGAGGGACUGAAGUCGUCCUUCCAGCAGCUGGACAUCAACGAUGUGGACAGCAUCAGCACUGCUGCUGCCUUCUUCAAGGAGAAGUAUGGAGGAGUGGACGUCCUCAUCAACAACGCCGCCAUCGCGUUCAAGGUGGCAGACACGACUCCGUUCGCCGUACAGGCUGAGGAGACCCUCAAGACCAACUUCUUCGCCACCAGAGACGUGCUGACCGCCUUCAUGCCGCUCAUCAAAGCAGGAGGCCGUGUGGUGAACGUGUCCAGCUUCGUCAGCUGCAGAACGCUGAACCAGUGCAGCCCAGAGCUCCAGCAGCGUUUCCGCAGCGAGGACAUCAGCGAGGAGGAGCUGGCAGGUCUGAUGCAGAGGUUCGUAGACAAGGCCAAGGCAGGCCAGCACAAGCAGGACGGCUGGCCUGAGAUGGCGUACGGAGUCUCCAAGACUGGAUUAACGGUGCUGUCCAUGAUCUUGGCUCGUCGUCUGUCCAAGGAGAGACCCAACGAUGGGAUCCUCCUGAACGCCUGCUGUCCUGGGUGGGUUCGCACCGACAUGGCCGGUCCCAAUGCCCCCAAAUCCCCAGAAGAGGGCGCCGUUACCCCGGUGUACUUGGCCUUAUUGCCUCCAGGCGCCACAGAGCCUCAUGGGAAGUUUGUCUCUGAGAAGGAAGUCCAGCCGUGGUGACACAUGACAGCAACUGAAGCGUGUUUUAUCCAAUGACAGAAAGUGUGAAGGCAUGUUAUAAAAAGGUCAAAUCUCAAAGAUAACAGUAACACUAUUCAUUAAAAAACAUGCUCUCUAGCUGAGGGUUUUUGUAAACUGCCUAGUGUUUAUGUGCCUGUCAGCAGCCAAUGUGCAAGGAUGGCUGGUUACCAUGGUUACCCGACGUUGUUCACUUUCACGUGUCACGGAAGGCUCACUCUGCCUUAACCAAAUAAUGAGCCCUGCAGUUACAAAAUAAAAGUUUGUUUCUACAGCA